AUGACGCACAGGGGCUCGCUGGUCAAGAGGUCGUCGUUCGUCCCGGCGGCAGCCGACGUGCAGCAGGAGAUCGACAUGAAGCUGGGCGGCGAGGCGGACGCCGCCCGCCCGCCCUCUCGCUCGAUUGUCGUCACCGGCCCCCAAAGUGGCGGCAAGUCGACCUUCAUCUGGCAGCUCAACAUACUAUUUUCGGUGGAGGCGGCGGAGAGUGAGCGGCUCAAGUACAAGAAGGAGUUGCAUAAGACCGCUCUCCUCGCCGUGCAGAUCCUCCUCAGCUCCAUCGACGAGGGGGAGCGCGCACGCCCGAGGCCACGGCCGUCCUCUCGCUCUGGCGGCGCGGCGCUGGGUGAGCUCUCCGACCUAGCCGCCCGCCAGGCGUGCUCCUACUUCCUCUCUCGCAUGUCCGACCUCGCCUCCCCCGUCUUUGUGCCGAACCCGGCCGACCUGCUCUACCUCGACGUUCGCACCGCCGGCAGGCAGGAGACGCGGCUGACGGGGACGCCGGGCGGGCCACUGAGCGUGGUCGAGAUGAGCAUCGAGGACUUUCGGCAGGUGAACGCGUUUGCGUCGAGCGAGGAGCGAGACGCGCGCGUUGCCGCCGUAAUCUACGUGGACUCCGUCAUGGAUGGGAACGAAGAGCUUGCCGGAUACCGGUGGCAGGAGGUCAGGGGACUCGCCUGCGACGCGGCGCUGCCCGCCUCGGUCAUCCUCAGCAAGUCAGACCUGGUCGCGCUGCAGGGCUCCAGCGCGGUGCCUGAGCGGGAGGUGCUGCUGCCACGCUUCGGCGCGCCGGCGAAGGCGGUCUCGCUGCACAACGGCCUUGCCACGCGCGCUGCCUCGCGCGCCGUGUUCCUCGAGCUGAUGAGCGGCCCGCUGCAGCUCUCAAGCAGCGACGACGCGGCAGCCCUCGAGGAGGGAUGCUACCUCGGCCUCGCCUUCUUCUGCGCCGGCGGAGAGGGCGACGAUCGGCGACUGCCAUGA